AUGAAACGUAAGGGAUGCCCUCCUAAGAGACUUAAAUCCAGUCUUGAACAAGGUAGCAAAAUCAAACAUCAGCUGAAUGAUCAUACAAAUUUAAAUAUUCAAAUAGAUAAACAGAAUAAUAGCUCAAUAAAAAAUCUUAACAUAGAUAUUGGAAAUGAUCUCAAAGACCAAAAAUGUGAAAAAUACAAACAGUUUGAACAUUAUGCUAAAACAUGCCCAAAUAAUAAUACUAAAAUUAAUGCUAGUUUUAUUUUUAUCAAUUCUAAAUCCUAUAUUGCAAAAUUAUAUUGUAUUAUGUGA